GAUGAUCUCUAACAUAUGUAUAUUUGUUUUUUACCUCCUGCCCUCCAGCCCAUACAUUUACUAUCAGAUCUAUAAAUAAGGAUCAGAAGAGACGAUAAAACAGAAGAAUUGUCUUUCUUUUAUCAGAUGAAAACUGCUGAUAAGUCAAGAAGCUCAGAGCACUUUAAGGACUGCGGGCAGGUUGGGCACAUGACGUCAUUCAGUAGGGCUUCUGUUCGGCGUUGACUCUAUGCUGCAGGAGCUGAAUGAAGUUGACAGGCAGCCAGUGUUCAGUGUUCAGUGUUCAACCUUCACGGUGGUGUUAAACAGCGCUGUGUCUCAUUUCUUAUCAUGCUCACACGGAUGAGAUCCGCCGUUUCCAACAUGAUCGGCGGCAUCAUGGCUUCUGGUGGUGGUGGUGUUGGUGGUGUUGGUGCAAACCAGGAGAAUGACGACGUGGGCAAUGAGCUACCGCUGAGAUUCCCGUACUCUCGACCCGAGUUCCUCGACCUGUGUGUGGAUGAGCUGCAGUGCGCCACUGACCACAUCACCAGACCGAUCGUGAACGCCAAGGAGAGCAGCCGACUGCCCUGGUCCACUGGCUACGCAGAGGUGAUUAAUGCUGGUAAAAGUGCUCUGAAUGAAGACCAGGCCUGCUGUGAGGUGGUGGAGCUGAGGAAAAGACCUGCGGAUCCCGCUAGCCCAAGCUACACUCCCACCAGCAGGAGGCGAGCUUCACUACCAACCAGAGAAUCUCUGGAGUCUACAGAGGACUCUGUCAUUCAGGAGAGCUCAGUGAGUGGCUUAGUCGCCUCGGCUCCAUCGCAUGAAGAGGAAGAGCUGUAUUUUCACUACUGGGCACUUUUUGAUGGCCACGCUGGCUCCGGUGCUGCCGUCUUUGCGUCUAAGCUCCUGCACCUGCACGUCGAGGAACAGCUGCAGAGUGUGCUGGAAAUCCUUCAAAAGCCUUCACUGCAGCCUCCUACAUGUCUCGGCGAGGAGAGCAGCUUGCAUGUUCGCCCGUCAGCCUCAUCACAGCGAGCGCUAUCCAGAGCCGCAUCACUGAGGGGUGCUGCAGGAGCUCCAGGUUCACCCAACACACCAACACCACGCUUCUUCAUGGAGAAGAAAGUGAAGCAGGAGAGUUUGGUGAUCGGUGCAAUUGAGAAUGCUUUCAAAGAGAUGGACAAACAUAUCGGCAGAGAGAGAAGUGUGUAUGAUAUCUCUGGAGGGUGCACAGCUUUAGUGGUGAUCUGCUUGUUGGGAAAGCUUUAUGUGGCCAAUGCAGGAGACAGCAGGGCCAUAAUUCUGCGUAGUGGGGAAAUCAUCCCAAUGUCAAGUGCCUUCACUCCAGAGUCAGAGAGACAGAGACUUCAGUGUUUGGCUUAUAUGCAGCCUCACUUGUUGGGAAAUGAGUUCACGCAUUUGGAGUUCCCUAGAACGGUUUGCAAGAAGGAGGUGGGGAAGAGGAUGUUGUACAGAGACUACAGCAUGAAAGGCUGGGCAUAUAAAACUCUACAGGAGGAGGACCUGAGGUUUCCACUGGUUUUUGGAGAAGGGAAGAAGGCCCGGGUGAUGGCCACUAUCGGAGUGACCAGAGGACUCGGUGAUCAUGACCUGAAGGUGCAUGGCACUGAUAUCUGCAUUAAACCUUUUCUCUCCUGCAGUCCAGAGGUCAGAAUGUACAACUUGGAGCAGUUUGAGCAUGGGGCUGAUGAUGUCAUGAUUUUGGCUACAGAUGGCUUAUGGGAUGUUCUCUCUAACAAGGAAGUGGCUGAGGCAGUUACUAGUUUCCUUGGAAACUGUGACCCUGACAACCAUUACAGGUACACGCUGGCAGCUCAGGAGUUGGUGAUGAAAGCUCGAGGUGUACUUACUGAACAAGGCUGGAGGACACCGAUCGGUAGACUGGGAUCUGGGGAUGACAUAUCUGUUUACAUCAUUCCUCUAAUGUUCGGAAACAGACAGCCACAGUCAAGGUGA